AUGGGUCACAAAUUUGGGGUCAAUUUUCAGGUGGCUCCAGAGGGGGAUUAUUUCAGUAACGACGACAAAAUUGGCAUCUACCUUUGUAAGAAUUCAAGCUGCAGACUUAUUGUAAAAGAUUUUUCUCCACAUAAAAACAUUCAGCUGCCGCCGCCUAACAUUACAGUUGAGCAUGCAGAAGAGACCAUCAACGUUACUGAUUUCGAAAAGCCCCUAGUGAAAAGCCCCUACUUACAGGACAAACUGGAAUUUGAAAUGGCUCUUCAGAGAUCCAACGAGAUCCGAAAUGCAUUCAUCAAGGAUCAUACAACAUAUUUUACGAUUGAGAAAUCAGCUCUGAAACCAGGAGCUCAAUACUGUGUCAAAGUCCGCCGCACGGUUCGGAGGGAUUUCAGUUAUAAAGCUGUUUGGAGUGACUGGAGUCGAUCUGAGUGCUGGACAAACGGCAAAGAACCAGACAGCCUUUUGAUCAUUCUGGUGAAAACUCUGGGCCCAGCGGGUCUCUCUGUUGUGGUCCUGCUGUGUGUGUGCUGCAGUCCCACCGCCAGAAUGAAGAUAAAAACUCUGUCCUACACACCGUCCCCGGUCACCUUCUUCCAGCCUCUGUUCCAGCAGGACAAAGGAAACCUGCAGGAGUGGUUCUCAAAAAAUGGGAAGUUUAUCCUGACGUAUAAAUCCGAAGAAGACCUGAGGACCGACGCUGUGACUAUUGUGCCCAGAACCACAACAAAGGAGCUUGAGGAGAUGAUCCCCGACCCCUGUAUGACUCCUCUCACGCUCCCUGUGGUUUUCCCUGGGGGUCAGGUCUCCUACGUCGGCUUACCUGGAUUCCACGGGGCUCCGGCUCCAGUGCUUAACCCCGGGGACAGCCUGUACACCAAGCUCCCGUGUCCCGUAUGGGAAUUUGGCAUCUCAGAAGGGGAGCUGGCAUCUUCUCCAUCCGAAAACUUCCUGGAGACCAGCCACGCUGACUCUGGUUGCAACUGCGAAGAUCUGAGCAGAAGCCCAGACUGCAGUUUACCCAGCAGCCCCUUCAGCGAAUGUCCACCGCUGCAGUACGGUCAGGGUUACUGCAUCCUUAACAGAACAACCGAGGGGGUUGUUCCAGUUCUAGUGUCCAAAGUAGAGAUUUCGUCUCAUGUCCUGCAAGAAAAAGAACAAAACCCGAAGAGAGCAGACUGAGCACUGCAGGAGACAAACAUCUUUUCCCUCUUGACUCUCUUCUCACCUGCUGCUUAUUGCUUCAUGGAAACAGCACAACUUCUGCCUCACUAUUUUUAUUAAAUGUUUCAUUUCUGCAUGUUUAUAUAGUUUAUUUUGUUAACAAGAAUACAAUUUGCAUUAAGACAAAUAAAAAAAAAUGAAGAAUG